GUGGUGCGUUAGGAGCAGUGGAGGGGCUCCGUCUAACUGUGUCACCCAGCCGCAAGGAAUGACAAGCCUGACAGCCGGCUCGCUGUGCAGCUUCUCCUCUUGCUCAACAAAGGCUUCAGAAGUUUAAGCAGCUUGGCGGCGUGACCCGCGCUGUGCCUUCUGUAGCGCAGGUUUCCCAGCCUUUCAGAGUUCUGUGAGAAACAGACCGGCGCGUACACCUGCAACAGGCCGCUUACGCUCACAAGCAGGACAAGAAGUACAGCGUCCAUGGAACAAGAUGGAGAGAAGGUAGUACAGUGAAGUGGUGGUCCUGUGUACAGAAUGGCUUUCCUGGACAACCCGACAAUUAUACUUGCUCAUAUUCGGCAGUCACACGUGACCAGUGAUGACACAGGGAUGUGUGAAAUGGUCCUGAUAGAUCAUGAUGUCGACCUGGAGAAGUUUAAUCCCUCGUCAACCUAUGGGGACAGUGGCUCAGAAACACAGGGAAGCAAUGGUGAGACUCAGGGCUAUGUAUAUUCCCAAUCAGUUGAUAUUACCUCAAGUUGGGACUUCGGAAUUAGAAGACGAUCAAACACAGCUCAGAGACUAGAACGUCUGCGGAAAGAGAGACAAAAUCAAAUAAAAUGCAAAAAUGUUCAGUGGAAAGACAGAAAUACUUCUUACUCAGCAGAGGAGCUGAGCUCACUGUUUGAAAAAAAGAAUUUCAGAGUAAAAUCUCCAUGUUCUGGGAAGCAGUCAAUAUUGUCUGUGCGCCUUGAGCAGUGUCCACUACAGCUGAAUAACCCCUUCAAUGAGUACUCAAAAUUUGAUGGCAAGGGUCAUGUUGGUACAACGGCAACCAAAAAAAUUGAUGUCUACCUCCCACUGCAUGCAAGCCAAGACAAACUACAGCCCAUGACAGUUGUGACGAUAGCAAAUGCCAAGGUGCAUGACCUGAUUGGACUAAUAUGCUGGCAAUAUACAAGUGAGGGACGGGAACCAAAACUGAACGAUAACGUCAAUGCCUACUGUCUCCACAUUGCUGAGGACGAUGGUGAGGUUGACACAGAUUUUCCACCCUUGGAUUCCAAUGAGCCCAUUCACAAGUUUGGCUUCAGCACUCUGGCAUUGGUUGAAAAGUACUCCUCUCCCGGCCUGGCAGCAAAACAGUCGCUCUUUGUUCGAAUAAAUGCUGCUCAUGGAUUCUCACUUAUUCAGGUGGACAGUAUGAAGGUCACCAUGAAGGAUAUCUUGCAAAAGGCCUUAAAGAGAAGGAAGGGAUCACAGAGAGGCUCAGGUCCUCAGUAUCGGCUGGAGAAGCAGAGUGAACCUAAUGUCCCAGUAGAUUUAGACUGUACCUUGGAGAGCCAGAGCACUUUGGAAUUCUGCCUUGUCCGAGAGAACAGUUCAAGAGGAGAAGAGAUCUCGGAGGAGGACCCUCAGAUCGAUAUAGCUACAGUUCAGGAUAUGCUCAGUAGCCACCAUUACAAGUCCUUCAAAGUCAGCAUGAUCCAUAGGCUUCGAUUCACCACUGAUGUUCAGUUAGGUAUUUCUGGAGACAAGGUAGAGAUAGACCCUGUUACUAAUCAGAAGGCCAGCACUAAGUUUUGGAUUAAGCAGAAACCCAUUUCAAUCGAUUCUGAACUCCUCUGUGCCUGUGACCUUGCGGAAGAAAAAAGCCCAAGUCAUGCAAUAUUUAAACUUACAUAUCUAAGCAAUCAUGACUACAAACACCUUUACUUUGAAUCAGAUGCUGCUACUGUCAAUGAAAUUGUACUGAAGGUUAACUAUAUUCUAGAGUCACGAGCAAGUACAGCCAGAGCAGAUUAUUUUGCUCAGAAACAAAGAAAACUGAGCAGGAGAACAAGCUUUAGCUUCCAGAAGGAGAAGAAAUCAGGACAGCAGUAACACCUGGCCGUGAGGAACGCCUGUCUGCUGAAUUCGGAGGAGGAGACGCUCCAUGCAGCCCAGGAAGGUGGGAGCCAGGACUGCGGUGCUCCGGCUGCCAACAGGCAGGAGCAGCCAGGAAAGAAAUCUGAAUUAUCCCAUCUCUCACAGUUGGAAGAUUAUCCCUCUUUGGUGAUGGGAAGUCUCCCCUGUGACAAAAAUAAAGAGCCAUAUCAGCCGGAAAGAAGACUGUUACGCUUCAGGUUCCUUUGAUUAGAAAUAAGAGAAUGACGUAGACUGGCAUCAUUUAAUUACUGUAUUAUGUACAAUCACAAGAAGAGAUGUGAUUACAUAUUAUUUCACAGCCUGGUUAAAAUAAAUUAUAUACAUCUGUAAUACACCCACAUACACACAGGUAUUGCUUGUGACAUGAUCAAAUUUCUAAAAACAAAAUGUAGGACAAAUGUAUCCAUUUUUACUAUUAAUAAACAGAUGUAAUCUUUUUCAAGGUC